AGGAGGGAGCAGGCGGCCGGCGGCGCGGGGGGAGGGGGCCGGUCCGGGAGUGCGGGAGGCAGUGGUAGAGGGAGGUGGCGGCAGCGGCAACGGCUAGCGGACUCAAUUCACAACUGAACUGAGGCAGACACCUCCGUGGAGCGAGUCAGUAGAAGCACCGAACACCGGAGGCGGCACCGGGAUCCCCGGCUCAGGGGAGGGGGCGCCGGACCGGGAGAAGGGGAGGGGGCGAUGCUGGAAGCCAUGGCGGAGCCCAGUCCCGAAGAUCCACCUCCGACCCUUAAGCCAGAGACUCAGCCACCAGAGAAACGGCGGAGAACAAUAGAGGAUUUCAACAAAUUCUGCAGUUUUGUUUUGGCUUAUGCUGGUUAUAUCCCGUCUAGCAAAGAGGAAAGUGACUGGCCAGCCUCUGGCUCCAGCUCUCCAUUGCGAGGUGAGAGUGCAGCAGACAGUGAUGGCUGGGACUCAGCCCCGUCAGAUCUCCGAACCAUCCAGACCUUUGUUAAGAAAGCGAAGUCAUCCAAGAGAAGGGCGGCUCAAUCAGGUCCUACCCAGCCAGGACCCCCAAGGUCCACUUUCUCUCGCCUACAAGCCCCUGACAGUGCCACCCUGCUUGAGAAGAUGAAGCUCAAGGACUCUCUCUUUGAUUUGGAUGGCUCCAAAGUAGCAUCUCCCCUGUCUCCCACAUCCCUGACACACGCUUCCCGGCCCCCUACUGCUCUCACGUCAGUGCCCCUUUCCCAGGGAGACCUCACCCAGCCUCCUCGAAAGAAGGACCGAAAGAACCGAAAAUUGGGGCCAGGAGGGGGUGCUGGCUUUGGGGUACUGCGGAGGCCUCGGCCAGCCCCUGGUGAUGGGGAAAAGAGGUCUCGAAUCAAGAAGAGCAAGAAACGGAAGUUGAAAAAGGCCGAGCGGGGGGAUAGACUUCCACCUCCUGGGCUUCCCCGGGCACUUCCCAGUGAUACAGAUUCUGAAGAGGAGGAGGAGGAGGACGAGGAGGAGGAGGAAGAGGAGGGGAUGGCAGCAGUGAUAGGGGGUGAAGCCCCAGCUCCUGUGCUCCCAACACCUCCUGAGGCUCCUAGGCCCCCUAUCACAGGCCCCCCUGAAGGAGCCCCUCCCACUGACAGUGAAAGCAAGGAGGUGGGCAGCACUGAGACAAGCCAAGAUGGAGACGCCAGCUCCAGUGAAGGCGAGAUGCGGGUCAUGGAUGAGGACAUCAUGGUAGAAUCAGGUGAUGACUCAUGGGAUCUGAUCACGUGUUAUUGCCGAAAGCCCUUUGCAGGGCGGCCCAUGAUUGAGUGCAGCCUGUGUAGGACGUGGAUCCACCUUUCCUGCGCUAAGAUCAAGAAGACCAAUGUCCCUGACUUCUUUUACUGCCAGAAAUGCAAGGAACUUCGGCCAGAGGCCCGGCGGUUAGGAGGCCCUCCCAAAUCUGGAGAGCCUUGACAUCUCCAACGCCAGGCUGGAACUUCCGAAUGACAACAUGACUUGGGAAUAGAGCCUCAGGGUCCUCCGCCCAGCUCCUGGAGCUUGGACGCUGUCCCACUUCAAGGCAGAAAUUCCCAAGGGAGACUUUCGUGGAAAUGAGUGUCUCAUGUUCCUAUCAUCCCCACUCUCCUCCCCCGCCAACCUCUGGACUUGAACUUGGACCCACUGCAGUUGGGGGUGGGAGGCUGUCUGGGUCCCUAGACACAAAAUCCCUGCCCCUUGGACCUGCCAUCCCUCACUUUCUGGGCCAGGGUUGGAAUUGGGAUGGAAUUUUAAUAGAGUCUAUAAAACUCUAGUGUAAAUAUAGCACUCCCCUCCCUCA